AUGCCGUACAAAUGCCCGGAGUGUCCUAAACGUUUCCGAAGUGUACACAACGCUACCAUACACCAUAUUAGGGCACACGCUAAAGCGGCCAAACCGUACAAAUGUGACAAGUGUACCAAGGGUUUUAUACGUCUGUACGAGUUCAAACAACAUCAGACCGUCCACGCUACCGUCAAACCGUACUCUUGCUCGGUAUGCAAGAAAGGUUUCACCAGGCCGUCGCACGUCGAAUUGCACAUGAGACUGCACACCGGCGAGAAACCGCUGGAAUGCUACCUGUGCGCGCAACACUUCAUAAGCAAGGCGGCCCUGAAAAUGCACGUGGCGAAACACACCGACACGCAUCCUUUUGCGUGCAAACACUGCGACAAGAAAUUCAAGCACUCGACGACGCUGGUCAGUCACUUGAGAACGCACACCGGCGAGAAACCUUACAUAUGCCCGGUGUGUUCCAAGGGUUUCACCACGGCGUCGUUCCUCACCACACACAAGCGGGUCCACACGGGCGUCAAGCCGUACGCGUGCGAAAUUUGCAAGAGACGUUUCACGCAGUCGUCCAACCUGGCGACGCACAUGCGGUCGCACACCGGUGAAAAACCGUAUAAGUGCCCGGCCUGCAGCUUGGAGUUCACCAGUGCAUCCAAUCUCAACAGACACCUCGCAACUGUACACAAAUGCCACAAACUACCGAGAAACAGGACGAGCGUCAAAAGAAAACGGUCGAACUAA